AUGUGGCUGCAUCCUGAAACCAUGAUCAAGCUUGGUAACGAAUUCUUCCAAAAGAAGGAGUUCGACCAGGCCAUCAAUUGGUAUCAAUAGUCUAUAAACAAAAACACCCAAUUUGUGGAGGGAUACUACAAUUUAGGAUUGGUAUAUAUGUACCGUAAGAAAUUUGAAGAGGCCAUUAACUACUUCAAACAAUCUUUAGAUUUGAGGCCAAGCUUUCCUGAAGCCUUGUGUAGUAUGGGAAUAGCCUUGUAUAACCUCAAUCAAUAUGAAAAGGCUCUCAACUAUUUGGAUCAAGCUCUCAAGCAUCGCCAAUCCUACCCCAACCCUUUGAAGUACAAGGGGGACACUGUGAGGAAAAUGGGAAAUUUGCAAGAGGCAGUCAUUUAGUAUAAAUAAGCAAUAUAGCUGAAGCCUGACUUUUACCAAGCUCACAAGGCUCUUGGCGAUACCUACAGGAAACUGAAAGAGUUUCAGUUAUCAAUCCAAUCCUACGAUAACGCUUUGGAAUACAAUGAAAAGUAUGCAGAAGUCUUCAAAAAGAAGGCAGAUUCAUUGAGGAACCUUGGCAUUUUUGAGGAAUCCCUGCAUAAUUAUACAAAAGCAAUAGAGAUUAGGCCCAGCUAUCCAAAGGCUUACAAUGAUGCAGGGUUGUUGUUCAUUUAGAAUGCUAAGUACAAAGAAGGAGUUGAGUAUUUCUAGAAGGCAGUUUAGUUGAAACAAGAUUAUAAGGACGCUUAUAAUAAUUUGGGAGUUUGCUAUUAUCAUCUCUUGCAAUAUCAAGAUGCUAUCACUUAAUUCGACACAGCUCUCCAAAUACAAGUAGGUUUUACAAUACCUAUGCUCAAUAAGGCGUCGACAUUGUUGAGAAUGAAGAAGUAUGAUGAAGCAAAUAAAUGCUUUGAUUAGGUGAUGAAACAUCAGCCAAAGAAUAUACAGGUGUUAUUGGGUAAGGGAAUCUCUUUGUAUGAGACAAAGAAAUACGAGUAAUCUGCUUUGUUGUUGAGCCAAGCUUAUGAUAUUGAUGGCAACAACUUUGAAGUGGUCUUCAAUUAUGGUGUUUGCAACUUUUAAUUGAAAAAAUAUAAAGAAGCCUUGCAAAUGUUAUAGGAAGCUUAGCAAUUGAGGGACACUUUGGAAGGCCACUUUAAUUAAGCAAUUUGUUCAUUGUAUUUGAAAGACUAUGAAUACUCUAAGAAGGAAAUCGAAAUGUAUGUGGUUCAUUAGGAGGAUGAUAUGGAAGCCAAAGCAGUCCAGGGAAUCGUAGAGUAUUACCUCAAUAAUCUCGCUUUUGCUUAGGAAUGCUUCUAAGAGGUUUUGAAGAAAUAAGAGAAUCAAGUGGUUCAUAACAAUCUCGGAGUCAUCUUGUUGCUCAAUUAAUAAUUUGAUGAAGCUCUCAAGCAUUUCAAUGCAUCAGUGUCAGGAAAAGGGGAUUACGCUGAUGGAUUGUAUAACAAAGGAGUUGCAUUGUGUAAUCUUAAUUAGUACGAGGAUGCUAUCAGAUAAUUCAAUAAGGCAAUUCAGCUCAAACCUAAGAAUGAGUGCAAAUUCGCAUUCAUCAAUAGAGGAAUCUGCUUGAAAAAUCUUAAGAAAUUUAAUGAAGCCAUUUAAAAUUAUGACGAAGCUAUUCAACUCAGUUAAGGCACUGAUGUUGAGGAUAUCUACUACUUUAAAGGAAAUUGUCUAUUGGAAUUGAAUAAAUAUGAAGAUGCUAUCCAAUUAUAUGACCAAGCCAUUCAACUAGAAAGUGUUUACAGUUCAUCAGCCAACUUCUAGAAGGGUAUAGCAUACACUAAUCUCAAACACUUUGAUGAUGCCAUUCAAUCCUAUCAACAUGCAAUUGAAUAGAACUCUUAGAAUUCUUGGGCAUAUUUCAAUCUGGGAAUCACCUACUACAAUCUUGAAAAUUAUGAAUAGGCGUUAAUUUAAUUCACAAGAUCCUUCGAUAUAUAGCCGACAUUCAAAGAUGCUGUGUUCAAUGAGGCAGCCGCUUAUAUCAAAUUAAAAAGAUAUGCUGAAGCCAUCAAUAGUUUAGACAAGUACAAUCAAUUGGAAAGCAAUGAUUAUGAGAGUUUCUUCUUGAAAGGUUGUCUACUAAAAUCAUUGAUGAAGUAUGAAGAAGCUUUGGAAUGCUUUUCGAAAGCUGUUCAACUAAAACCAAAUUUCUUUGAAGGCUAAUUCAACAAAGGAGUUGCUCAACUUGAGAGUGGAUUGUCCAAAGAUGCUGUAAUCACAUUCGAUGCUGCAUUCAAAUUAAAGUCUGACUCUGAGAAAUCCUUGAAUAAUAAGGCUGUCUCCUUACUAAAUCUAAGCAAACCUGAAGAAGCUAUUAAGGAAUUAGAGAAGGCUAUUAAAUUAAGUCCCAACAAUCCUACUUUGUUGAAUAAUAAAGCAGUCACUUUGAUUGAUCUUAAGAGAUAGGAUGAAGCAUUGACUAUUCUAGAUGAAGUCAUCAAUAUUGAUCCAAAUUUCUUCAAGGCUUACAAUAACAAAGGAACUAUCUAUUUCAAUCAAAAGAACUUGACAUAAGCCUAGUAAUACUUUUCAAGGGCAGUAGAGAUUAAUCCAGAAUAUGACUCUGCAAGGAUUAAUUUGAGUAUUACAUUUUAGGAAAUGGGAGAAUAUCAGUAGGCAGUUCAACAAUGUGAACUGAUUUCGAAUUAACAAUGGCUAAAUAGUAAUUCAGAAGCAUUGAUAGCCUUCGCAACUUCUUUGAGAAAUUGUGAUCGCUUUGAAGAGGCAAGAUAAAAAUAUGAAGUAGCCUUACAACUGAAUCCUCGUCACUCCUAAGCCCAAAAUGGAUUGGGAAUAGUGUAUUCUAAUAUUGGCUAAUAUGAAGAUGCUCUGAAAUGCUACGAUUAAGCCAUUAAUCUUAAUAAUAGAUAUCCAGAGGCAUUGAAUAACAAGGGAGUCACUCUCUAUCUGAUGGGAAGGUAUGAUGAGUCGGUUUAAAUGUUGUAGUAAUCACUUAAAUUGGAAGUUAAGAAUGCAUAAACCUUAAAUAAUUUAGGUGCUUCACUUUUUUACCUGAAAAGAUAUGACGAAGCAAAUAAAAUAUUUGAUUAAGCAAUCCAAUAGAAUGAUCAAUUGAUGGAAGCCUUGGUGAAUAAGGCCAAUGUGUUAAUAGCAUAGGAAAAUUUAAAUGAGGCCAACAAACUAUUAUAGAAGGCAAGUCAGAUUAAGGACUCUCCUUACAUUCAUAAUGCCUAUGGAAUCAUUGCUUAGAAGCAGAAGCAAACUGAUAAAGCCAUCUCAUCUUAUUAGAUGGCAAUUCAAUUACUACCUACCUUUCCCCAGUGUCUAUCAAAUCAAGCUACCCUCCUUAUUGAAACUGAGAAAUACUCAUAGGCACUCGAUUUACUUAAGCAAGCACUAAAGACUGAUUAAAACAAUGCUGAGGCUCACAAUAAUCUUGGUGUGUUGUAUUACAAGUAGAACAAAUUGGAAUUGUCUUAGAAUGAAUACAUGGAAGCCAUCAAAUUGAAAGUUCAUAAUCCUGAGGCUCAUUCCAAUUAGGGAGUGAUUUUCUGUGCCAAACAGGAUUACUCAUAAGCUUUACAAUGUUUUGACGAAGCCAUCAAGUUGAAGAGCGAUUUUGUGAAAGCGUACCACAAUAAGGGAACAACCUUGUAUGAAAAAGAGAACUUCAAGGAGGCUGUGGAGAUCUAUGAUAGAGCUAUCAAGGCAAAGACUCAAGAUCCGGAAACUUACUAUAACAAAAGCAUAGCUUUACAAGGAUUGGAGCAGUUUGAUGAUGCCUUGAAUGCCUUGGAAUAAGCAUAUAAGCUCGCUCCUGAGAUGGCUCUGUUGUAUGUCGAGAAGGGCACUCUCAUGUAUAGGAAGGGGAAGGUCGACGAGGCAAUCAAGAACUAUGAUCUGGCCAUUCAAUUGCAACCUAAUUGUGCAGAGGCUUACUACAAUAAGGGAUGCGCUUUGGAGAAUCAAGGGAAGAUUGACGAGUCGAACAAGAACUACGAAAAGGCUUUCCAAAUAAAACCAACUUUAGUGGAGAAAAAGAAAUGA